CUGCUACACGGGGUGAAACACCAUUGGUCAAAUGAUACCACGUGGUUUAAAAUACCGUCAGAGACGGCCAAACUACGAGAUCAGUGUGAAAAGCAAAGUUCAUUGACAUUGAUGAAAGUAAACAAACAAUGGCCGACGACAUGGACGAAGAUGAGGAACAGUUGUUGUUGAAUGAUGAGCUCGAAGAAGAGUUAAACGUGGAGGAAAACGGGGAUGACAGCGAAGAUCAAGAAGAGUCUGAUUCUCCAGAAGAGGAAGGCUUUCAGGUGGAGGAAAAUAAUAAUCGGAGGGGUUUCUUGCGAAGUCUUCUGCGUAUCAGAGGCAGACCAGACCGUGAUCGGGUGCAGAAGCGGCCGACACAGAUAACGUAUGACCCAUCACUUCCAACUGCACAUUCUUAUCUUGGCAGUGACCUGGAGGAAUACAGUGGCCGGACAGUCCUUGAUGAAGACAGCUUUAUAUCCUUACCCCUCCUGCACCUCCCCGGGGUCAUCUUGGUCCCUGGCCAGACGUUACCCCUCCAGCUCUUCAACCAGAGGAUCAUCUCCAUGAUGAAACAUGUCAUACAGAACAACAGGACGUUUGGCAUGAUUCAUGAUAGUCAUGACAGGGGUCCAGGUCAGGAGGGGAGCAUUGCAGCCAUUGGGGGGACAACCGCUGAAAUCUUCAGUUCCAAAGAGGAGGAUGACGACACAGGCAUAGAGACCAUGAGGGUGAAGGCCAUGGGAAGGCAACGGUUCCAGGUCAUGGAGACAAGACGGCAAACGGACGGGAUCCUCAUCGGUACAGUUCGCAUCAUCGCCGAGCCUGAGCUGCCCGGGGCACUAGAGGGCGCUCAGCUCUCCUCACAGAACCGACUCAGGCUGAUGCCCUCCCUGGGCCAGCUCAGCGGGCUUGAGAGGGACGCAGCCUGGCUGAGACAGCGGAGGAAAAGACACCUGUCAGCAGCCAGAUGGACCUGGCUGCAGCCCUGGGUCUAUGAGAUGUACGAUGCGGAAGUUCUGAUGCAUCACAUCAAAGCUGAACUGAGGAGUUGGUUUGAGGACUCAGUCAAGUUCCACACGGUGCCAUCCAAACCCUCAGACUUUUCCUUUUGGGUUGCCAGUAAUCUGCCAUUGAAUGACACACAGCGGCUGAAGCUACUCCAGAUCAAUUGCCCUGUGCAGAGGUUAAGGCUUGAACUGGAUACACUCCGGAAGUGUACAAUGUUAACCUGCACCGAUUGUGGCCAGGAUAUUGCCAAAAAGAGUGAUGUUUUCAGCAUGUCACUUGACGGUCCAAUGGCAGCCUACGUCAACCCAGGUGGCUUUGUUCACGAUACACUGACGUUAUACCGUGCUCACAACAUGGUCCUGAUUGGUAGACCGUCACAGGAACACAGCUGGUUCCCUGGCUAUGCCUGGACCAUCCUGCAGUGCCGGCGCUGCACCCGUCACAUGGGCUGGAAGUUCACGGCCGCCAAGAGGAAACUCAAGCCUGAGAUGUUCUGGGGUCUGACCAGGUCGGCUGUGCAGCCUGGUUUGAAGGAGGCCAGUCAGGAGACGGAACUGCCUCUGAUUUGAAGCUUGCUUGCAGGUGUUCCUGUUAUGAAUCAGUCGAGUUGUCUCUCUGUGUAUGGCUUGCCGAUAAAUCAGCUAAAAAUGAUGCCUGCUAGAGACAACCAGCGGACGUAUCAGCUCAAACGUCACCUUAUAUGAGUUGGUCACAUUUGGGAAAAGUGCAACCUGCAAUUGAAGAGUUUCCUUACAUAUAGACAAAAAAAGGUUGUGCAAAUGAGGCCAACCUUAACCCCAGGUAUGAGUACCUUCCUCCCACUUUGGUUGACAUUUUUGAGGCGUUCUGGCAAAUGAGGCAGAACUGGGCAAGGGGCGAAAUGAGGUUUUGCGGGUAUUAUGAAAGAAAUGAAAGUUUCUUUACAAUACUGUUUAUUGCACUGCAAGCGGACGUUUUGUUGAGAAGAUAUGGCCGCUUAUAUUAAGGUUUGCAUUUGUCAACAUAUAAAAAAAAAAAAAAUACAGAGAAAAAAGC